CAGAGGACAGCGAGCAGCCCCAGACCCACGCAGGGUAGCAGCCUCCUCCUACCUGCCAUCUGCGAAACGGAUGCAUUUGCGGGCUCUAGGACCCAGGUUCCCACGGCUCUUUAACGCCACUGGGCACGUCACGACACGUCUCGGUCAGAUGCAGGGGAACCGGGCAGACUUCGCAGUGUUAUUGACCAAAAAUAAGUUGUAAGUUGGUUACACAGUGAGGCUAACGGUUAGCUUGACCAGCAGCAGAAUGUCAACAAGCUGUCAGACUAGCCGCUUAGCUUCUGAAUCGCUACUCUUCGUUUCAUUGUCAGGAGGCUGAGGAGGAUUUUAGUGUCAGCUGCUCGUUUCGGUUCCUUAUUAACUUCUGCUUUCUGAACAAUGGCCUGAAACCCACCAGAGAGGCCUAACCAGGUGGGAGGAAACACGAUGAGUAGGAACAACGUGCUUCUGAAAGUGAUCCUGCUGGGCGAUGGCGGAGUCGGGAAGUCCUCUUUGAUGAACCGCUACGUCACAGACCGCUUUGACUCGCAGUCGUUUCACACCAUUGGCGUGGAGUUCCUUAACCGAGACUUGGAGGUGGACGGGCGCCCGGUCACCCUUCAGAUCUGGGACACGGCGGGUCAGGAGCGCUUCAAGUCGCUUCGCACCCCGUUCUACCGGGGCGCAGACUGCUGCCUGCUCACGUUCGCUGUCAACGACUUGCAGAGCUUCCUAAAUCUCAGCUGCUGGAAGAAGGAGUUCAUGUUCUACUCUGACGUUAAAGAGCCGGAGAGCUUCCCUUUUGUGGUGCUGGGCAACAAGGUCGACAUGGAGCGGAGGGAGGUCGGGGAGGACGAAGCACGGGCCUGGUGCGAGGAGAACGGCUGCUGCCCUUACUUUGAGACCAGCGCUAAAGACGACACCAACGUCACGGCUGCGUUCGAAGCAGCUGUCCGGGUGGUUCUAGCUGCUGAGGACCAGAUCGGUCACGCACUACUCGGCAGCACGAUUGAUCUUCACGGCAACCGUAAAACCUCUCGCGGCUCAUGCUGCUGAUGGUUCAUGGGGUACUAAGCUGUUUCUCGCUGAAACUUGCCUGUUUGUUCUGACAACAGGUGUACUGUAGGCUUAAGGUACAGCAUCCAGUAAGGACACUAUGCAGGAGAUGCAGCUUGUGUGAGGAAGCUGGUGUCGGGGAUUUCAGCUGCCGUCUUGUGAGCUGAAUUGUUGCUCUUAUGAAGGUACAGGCAUUCUGCGACAGGCGCGCUCGUCUUUUCUGCUUUCAGUGCUAUCUCACAAGAUAUUGCAUCCUUCUCUGUUUAUAUGCGAGGGUGGUAUCAAAUAAUGGAAUGAAGCAUUGUCUUUUAUCUCGUAUACUGGAAGACAAAGUGUGCCAUUUUUCUCAUAAAUACGCAGAAAUACUAUGCUUUCUGAUCUCAAAGUGAUUAGGCGUGGGUUAUUGGUAUGAAGAUAAAAAUGAAAGUAAUGAUUUCAAUAACCAUGAAAAUCCCUCCAUCGCAACACUCGUAUGGUUUAAAAUUAUUUUUAAAGAGAUACAAAAGAAAGUCCUGGAGUUUUCUCUGCCUGCGUUGGGCAUACAGUAAAGCAGAGUUGCCCCUCCUCCACUUGUUUUUGUUUUUUUUUUCCUCCUACUCACUGAAAGUAGACCAAUUUAGUAGUUUGAAAAUAUUUCUAGCUGACCUUCACCUUUAUUAAAGUGGUGCUGUUUUAAAAUGACUGUUUUAAGAAUUAUCUGAUAAGACGUGUAACGAGCCAUUACAUCAUAGUAUUCAUUUUAACUUGCAUAAGCAAACUAUGAAAAUCUCAAACUACCUAGAGUCCCUUGACUAUCUGAGCUGCUUGUAUUGAUUAGGUUUGGGCCAGUAUGAAGGUAUAUCAAGUUUUUAAAAAAGUGAUAUCUUUAAAACAAAUAUCUUUGGUCAUACCGUUUCUAAGGUCUAAAGUUAUUAUACUAUGAUAAAGUGACGAUGUAGCUAAAAUUUUCUUUGGCUGCCCCGCCUCCAUUGUAUAUAAAUGCGCACUGCUGGUCAGCUUGCUGAAAGAAAUUGGGUUUUAUUUUUUCAUACUCAAAGAAAAGCCCAAUCCGGCCUAAAAAGACGGUCAAGGUGUCAAAAAAAAAAAAAAAAAAACGGCAUCCUUCGCCCUUGCUUGGGUGUUUUAAUGCUGCAUUUGGAAGCUAGAAGCUUACUAGUGAACUGUUGUGACUAAAAUAUGCAACACAUAAUCAAAUCUUUGCGUGAACAGAGGUAAGCUGUUGUUUCUACUGGAGACUACAGAAAAAAAUUCAUAUCAGUCCAUACCUAAUGGUGAUAUACUAAAAAGUAUUAACUAUGGUACUAUACUGUGGAGUUACAAGCAAAAGUACACACAGACCAUUUGAGUACUACAGUUUACACAAAUGCUGACUGAGCUUCAAUUUGUGGUACGAUAAACUACAAACGUUGGCACUCUAAAAAAGAAAGGCUACAAGGUGCAUUCAGUAGAAAGGGAAUGUUGAUCAUCAGGUUUACGGUUUUGCCCGUGAGCAUCAGUUACGUGGUAGUCUUUUGUUUGCCUCUGCACUACGUUGAGGCUGGGUGUAAUUGAGAAUUUAAUGUCUCAGCUGCGACAGUUUACCAGGCAACGAAUGCCUGUUGAGCAAAAAUAAUUAAAAAAUCGUUCUGCCUCUGGCGUUUUUUUAUUUCUGUCCAAUAGUCGCAAUGGGCUUCAGUGUUUGAUCAGGGACAGUCGAAGAAACUUUUCCUUGCUAGGUUGAAUGGCUCUAAUUAUAAACGGCCUCCCUGUAAUCCUGCGUCGGCCUCAACAUUCCAGUCUUCUAACUUUGCCUCACCUGAGGGUCUCCUGAGCAUCACUGAUAAAUGAUGAACAUCUCAUUACUUCCUGUGUGUAUAUUCUACAUCACCUCUUCAUUCUUACGGCAUUUGGCAAAAACAUACUAAGCACUUGGGAAAGUUGUUUACAUCCGUCAUUGUAUUCACAUACCUGACACUGGCCACAGGUACAUUUCACUUUGUUUUUAUUGGUGGUGGCCAGAAGGCUCUGUUUUUUGGGGGUUUUUUUUUUCCAUGUAUGGUAUUGGAUAAUGUUACAGCUAAUACUAAUUUAAACUGAACUGUCAUUAUGUAUGUGUAGUACUUAAUUUUUUUAUUUUUUUUUCCAGAUAAAAUAUAUUAUCUUUUUAACUAAAAGGUCCUAUAUUCUCGCAUCUUUUUGUUGCAUUUUGUUUGUCACAGCCUGAGAUGCAUCGUUUACCUACCAAUAUCAAAAGUUUAAACAUUUGUCUUUUUGAACUAAUGGUAAUUGCAAGAAUUCACUGUGAAAGUGAACUGAGUAAGGUACUGUUACAUUAAUCAAACUAUAAGCUGACAAUGAGGAGUUUGUUUGUGUUGGGUCAUCUCACCUCUUUGCUACUUUUUACUGCUGUAAUUUUUCAGUUUUUAAUACAUUGAUGUUCCUGAUAUGAAAAAGGGAAGUCUGCCACAUGACCUAAAACCUCUGCCUCCGUUCAUAUCCGUCCUCUAGAUGUCCCAUACUUACAUUGCCAGCCUUUGACUUAUGCUGUAAGGAAAUGUGGUUUUGAGACUAAAAUCUACCCACAACUUCUUGUUCACUCAUUUUAUUUUGAUCGGAUAUCUCUUGUGUUUCGUAAAUUACGCAACAGGAUUACAAAAUGAGGUUAGAACUACAAUCAGCGUAAAUGGUUCAUAUUAAAUAUGGAGAAUUUAAACAUUUUUUGCAAUUACCUCCGUCUCCUAAAAAUGGAUCACUACCUAUAGAAAUGAAAUGGGACAACAUGGGUAAGUUUUAAAAAGGCAACUCUUUGGUGCAAAUUAGCAAAGGGGUAAGAUGACCCAGUGUUGCAUUGUUUUACAGAAACUGUGAGCUGAAGAUGUAAUUUAAAGACUACACCAACUCUUAAAACGAGGGCUGAUAGCUGUCGGUUAUUCUUGUGAUUUAACUUCUAUUUUCUUACACUGCUGCUUGAGUUUUAUCUAGUUUUCAUAGUGAAGUCUGUCAUGUCUUUUUUUAACCUGAAAUCAACAUUGUUAGUAAAAUCAGUGUUGGCCAAGAGCACAUUUCCUAUGUUCUGAUCAUUUUUCCCAUGUUUCUGUAAUAUUUAUGAACGUAAUCUUUCCAUGUUUUUUAAUUUUAAAUUUUUUAAAUGUAAAAGAAUAUCGUUUUACUUUGUGUGCUCAACUGAUGAGUGCAGCUUGAUCUGUGCAGAACAAUAGUUUCAUUUUGAUUAUGUGCUGAUCUGCGAUAGCUGCCCUUCCUCUACUUUGCACUAGUAAUAGUAACGCUGAAGAAUUCAUCUCCAGUGCUUGGCUUCAAAUAAAGUGUGCGUCAUACCAGA